AUGAUUAUUACCCAACGACGAGCGUGGCGUCUCCUCGCCCUGCUCACCGUCAUCCUUGCCGCUGCCACGUUCAUCUUCACCUUCGUGCCGCGGGUCCUGGCCUUUGCCCAAUUAUUCGGCGUCUUCGGCGAGCAUUCCGGCACCAAGAUCACGCAGGUCGAGAUCGCUACGAGGGGAGCAGACGGUAGAGAGCCCGUCGUGCCAAGGAUCCUGCACCAGAUCUUUCACAAUUGGCGUGAUCCGAAUGAUGAUAGGCUUCCUGAGGAUUGGGAGGAAGCGCAUCAGACGUGUGUUUUGUUGAAUCCCGAGUGGGAACACAAGCUGUGGACGAGCAGGAAUUCGAGGAAAUUCAUCGAGGAGCAAUACCCCUGGUUCCUCCCGACUUACGAUGGGUACAGAUAUCCCAUCCAGCGAGUCGAUGCCCUGAAGUACUUUAUUCUCCGGCAUUACGGGGGCAUUUACAUCGACUUGGACAAUGGAUGCGCCGAAAGCCUUGACCCAUUGCGGUACUAUCCCGCCUUCACCACCGACGGCGGCAUGGGCGCCCUCAGCAACAACAUCCUCGGCGGCCAGCCCGAACACCCCUGGUUCCACCUCCUGACCAACAACCUCAUCCCCUACGACUGGAACUGGCUCUUACCUUACGUCGUCGUCAUGUACUGCACGGGACAGUGGUACGUCACCGCCAUCUUCGAAAAGUACCACUCGUUGCUGGCCGCCGACGGUACGGUCCGGGGAUUCGACGGCGUGGGGUGGGCGCCGCUGCAUCAUAUCCUGAUGGACGGACGGCCCGGCGCGGACCCCUGGGUGUUUUUCACGCAGAGCUCACUGCCAGUCCUCCUGUGCAAGCGCACGUGGGAAGGCCGCGACGCGCAACUCGUUCCCCCUGGUUUGUUACACUCACACCCUCAGAGUCCUUCGACCCACUCCUAG